GCCAUCUCAAUUUGAGACCGAGAAAGUAAAAUGCUGGUGCACACUUCCACCUUCCAGCACGUAAUUUCCCAAACCUAUUUAUACCCAACACGCAAAGCAUACUGAAAUAAAACUACUCACAAAAUGACGAAGCAAAUUCUGAAUAUAUCACCAUUACUUCUGUACUCAUUGCUGCUGUUAAUUGCCACUGAAACUGGAAAUAUUUACCGAUUUGCUAAUGGAGCACAACGGACGAUCCAAGUCUCCGACGAUCUCGAUGACGUCGUUGACGAUGAAGAGGAUGAAGCUUGGAGAGAAUGGGGCAGGAAGAAAUCGACUAGCUCCGAUUUCGUUCCGCCACCGAGGGAUUUUAGCAAAAUGAGUCCUUCCGAAAUUCAAGCGGAAAUGAUGAAGAGGCAGUUAGGUCCUGUGUUUGGGUUUGUUAAACUCCGAGUUGGAACUCAUCGGACUACGGAAAAAGUUUCUGAAAUAGCCAUGAGAUGGACCAAACUAGCAAGAACUGGAGCAAUUGAGGCAAAGUUCAUGAGCAUUGAUGUGAGCACAAUCAUGUUCACUAUGGAGAAAGGUCAGGACUCUAUAGAGUUGAAAGAGUUUUUGCUGGGCCAACCAGAAGCAUAUGAGAUUAAACUAGGGGACCAACUUUUUCGAAGACCAGGAGAUCCUCCUUUUGAAGAAGCAUUUGAGAAGAUUCAGAGUGAGAAAAGCAAAGUCGAUCAUACCAGCUCAAAAAAGAAGAAUAGGCAUAAUGAGUUGUAAUCACCAGAAAAAAACACUCUUGACAACUAAUUUUGAUCACUUAUAACAUGUAAUAUCAGGAGGGCAGGUGUACACAGCCAGCAUCUUACAUGUUCUUUUGUCUAUACACUUCACACUGUGAGCUUAGAGAAGCCAUGUGUCCAAAUAAUCACUAAAUUUUUCUGCCUUUCUAUCAAUGAACAUCUUGGGUAUCUUCGUCCGAGUAAUGAUGCUUAUAAGGGAAUCAGGUCGUUUAAGUU